AUGGGCAUUCCGAUGGACGACAUCCACACUCCCACGGUGCCUGCUGGGCCCGUCUCUGGCAAAAGCUCCGCCAGCGUGAAUCUUUCAAAGACUGGGUUGACACAGCUCUUCGACGACAAGGAAAAGCUGGAAGCAGAGCUUAAAACGCUCAGCGAUGUUCUUGGAUCACAUGGAGUUGAUAUGAACACGAGUCUACUUACUGAGGAUGGGUUUCCGAGAGCGGAUUUAGACAUUGCACAAAUACGAACCACAAGAACACGGAUAAUACGCCUACGGAAUGAUUACAAGGCGGUCAUGCUAAAAGUUGAAGAAGGCAUAGCUGCGUACUUUGCUAGUGUAAAAGAUACAGAAGGAAAUACAUCUGCACCUCUAUCUAUCCGGCCCUCAGCAAACCGAGAUGUAGAGGGAGCAUCGGGAACCCAAGUUGAGACGAUUGAGAUGCCAUUUGCAAAAGUCAACAGUGUGACAGAGGGAAGCCCUGCAGCCAAAGCUGGUCUCAAAGCUGGAGAUAAGGUCUGCAACUUUGGUAACAUAACUUGGGCUAAUCAUGAGAAUUUGACAAAAAUUGCGGCGGUGGUUACGAAUAACAUAGAGCUCCCUAUCCUGGUCAAGGUAACAAGAUCAAACUCGGAUAGAGAAAGUACACAGCUCACUCUGCGGCUCACUCCCAGCAAUGACUGGGGUGGCAGGGGCCUGCUUGGUUGCCAUCUAGUGCCGUUAUAG